GUUGGCUGAAGACUUUUGAUGAUUACUUCAGAGAUCAGACACAACAUAUCUUAAAUAACAUGGUUAUAAAACUGCAAGAAGACAGUCGAAGGAAAUUUAUGUGGUCUGAGAUUUCUUACUUUUCAAAAUGGUGGGAUGGAAUAGAUAGCCAAAAAAAGGAUGCCGUUAAAAGAUUAAUAAAAGAUGGACAAUUUGAAAUAGUAACAGGAGGAUGGGUCAUGCCUGAUGAAGCUUCUUCUCAUUAUUUUGCUUUGAUUGACCAACUGAUAGAAGGACAUCAAUGGCUAGAAAAGAACCUUGGAGUAAAACCAAAGUCUGGUUGGGCAGUUGAUCCCUUUGGGCAUUCACCAACAAUGGCCUACCUUCUGAAACGCACAGGAUUUUCCAGUAUGCUUAUACAGAGAGUUCAUUACUCAAUUAAAAAACAUUUUGCAAUGCAGAAGACACUAGAAUUUUUUUGGAGACAGAACUGGGAUUUGGGAUCCAGUACAGAUAUCCUUUGUCAUAUGAUGCCUUUCUAUAGCUAUGAUAUUCCUCAUACUUGUGGUCCAGAUCCAAAAAUCUGCUGCCAGUUUGAUUUCAAACGUCUUCCUGGAGGAAGAGUAAGCUGUCCAUGGAGAGUUCCACCAGAAGCCAUUCAUGCUGGAAAUGUUCAACACAGGGCUUGGAUGAUUUUAGAUCAAUACAGAAAGAAGUCAAAGCUUUUCCGUACUAAAGUUCUGUUGGCUCCAUUAGGGGACGAUUUCCGCUAUGCUGAAAGCUCAGAAUGGGAUCAACAGUACCAGAAUUAUCAACAGUUGUUUGAUUAUAUGAAUUCUCAUCCUGAAUGGCAUGUUAAGGCCCAGUUUGGAACCUUAUCAGAUUACUUUGAAGCCCUGCGCAAAGAAAGCAAUUUGGGUGAAAAAAGCAGCAAUUCAUUUUUCCCUGUUUUAAGUGGAGACUUCUUCACCUAUGCAGACAGAGAUCAUCAUUACUGGAGCGGAUACUUUACGUCACGACCCUUCUAUAAACGACUGGAUAGAGUCCUGGAAUCCUACUUACGGGCAGCUGAAAUCCUCUACUCCUUGGCUUUGGUACAGUCUGGUAAAUCUGAGAAGACGAGUGUAUUUCCUUCAGCGGAUAACUAUAAGUUGCUGACAGAAGCUAGGAGGAACCUUGGACUCUUUCAGCAUCAUGAUGCUAUUACAGGAACAUCUAAAGAUUGGGUAGUUGUGGAUUAUGGCACCAGGCUUUUUCAUUCAAUAAUGAACUUGAAGAAAGUGAUAACUGACUCUGCUCAUAUUCUUAUCUUAAAGGAUAAAGGUGCUUAUAAUUAUGACACAUCAACUCCGUUCCUGAAGAUGGAUGAUGUUCAGUCUUCCCAAGAUUCUUUGCCACACAAGACAGUUAUAAAGCUGACGUCGCAACCAAGGUACCUUUUGAUAUAUAAUCCUACAGAACAAGAGCGAUUUGCAGUGGUUUCAGUCAAUGUGAAUUCACCCAGAGUUAAAUUAUUAUCUCCUUCGGGAAAACCUGUUACUGUCCAGAUUAGUGCUGUUUGGGAUGGAGCAACUACAAUAUCACAUGAAGCAUAUCAGAUCACUUUUAUGGCGCAUCUACUACCUCUGGGGCUUGGAGUUUACCAGCUUUUGGAGGUUCAGAGUUCAGAAGCAGUUUUAACAGACUAUAAUAUAUACAUGAGGAAUAGUAGGCAGGAGAAGCGAGACAGACUUUUCAAGAUAAAAGAGAUGCAGAAUUCUGUGGAUAAUAUAAUCUUAGAAAAUUCUUACAUGAAACUGUGGUUUUCUGGAAUGUCUGGAUUACUGGAGAAAAUAAAUACCAAAGAAGAUGGUAAAAUUCAUCAGAUGAAGGUGGAGUUUGCUUGGUAUGGAACUACAGGUAACCGGGAUAAAAGUGGAGCUUAUCUCUUCUUACCAGAUGGAGACGCCAAGCCUUAUAUUUUUACAGAUCCACCUACCAUAAGAGUUGCUCAUGGAAGAAUUUUCUCAGAAGUUGUAUGUUUUUUCAACCACGUGACACAUACUAUGCGACUUUAUAAAGUCCAGGGUUUGGAAGGCCAGUCUCUGGAAGUUUCCAAUAUUGUGGAUAUUAGAGGAGAAUAUAAUCGUGAGCUUGCAAUGAGAAUUUCAUCUGACAUAAACAGUCAACAUAGAUUCUAUACUGAUCUUAAUGGAUAUCAGAUCCAGCCAAGACUGACGAUGAGCAAAUUGCCGCUCCAAGCAAAUAUCUAUCCUAUGACUACAAUGGCUUAUAUCCAAGAUGCUGGCUUUCGUUUGACACUUCACUCAGCUCAGUCUCUAGGUGUUGCAAGCUUGAAAAAUGGUCAGUUGGAAGUGAUCAUGGAUCGUCGACUUAUGCAGGAUGACAACCGUGGCCUUGGUCAAGGUGUCCAAGAUAACAAGAUUACAGCUAAUAUCUUCCGACUUCUGCUGGAAAGAAGGCAUGGAACAGAUGUGAACGAAGAGAAGGCAUCAGUCAGUUUUCCCUCACUUCUUAGCCAUAUGACUUCUUCUUUCUUAAAUCAUCCUGCAAUUCCAAUGACAACAUAUGCAGAUUCAGGUGUCCCAGAGAUGCUAAAUACUUUUUCUCCACUCAUGUCAUCCAUGCCUUGUGACAUGCAUAUAGUCAAUCUGAGGACAAUCCAAUCAAAGGUAGAUAUUGAGCCAUCUGAUGAAGCUGCUCUGAUUCUUCACAGAAAGGGAUUUGACUGUAGAUUUUCAAACAGAGACAUGGGUCUGCUCUGUUCCACUACUCAGGGAAAGAUAAAGGUGCAUAAACUCUUCAACAAAUUCAGAGUGGAAAGUCUUACACCCACAUCUAUAUCUUUGAUGCAUUCAUCUCUGGAUGCCAGAAAUAUAAGUGAAAUAAAUAUGAGUUCUAUGGAGAUAAAUACAUUUCGGAUUCGGCUAAGAUGA